CCCGCGGCGCCCGACCAGCUCUCCCGACGGGCCCCGCGGCGCCGGACUACCACUCUCAACGGGCCUCGCUGCACUGGGUUGGAAAGAUGCUGGUGGCGGCAGCCGCCAGACGGAACAAGGAACCCAUCCUGCGCGUGCUGCAGCAGUACGUGGACCCAGCCCAGCGCGGCGUCCGCGUGCUCGAGGUGGCCUCGGGCUCUGGCCAGCACAUGGCCCACUUCGCGCGGGCCUUCCCCCACGCCGAGUGGCAGCCGUCUGACGUGGACCAGCGCUGCCUGGACAGCAUCUUGGCCACCACUCAGGCCCAGGGACUGCCCAACGUGAAGGCCCCGCUGUACCUGGAUGUGACCUGGGAUUGGGAGCAGUGGGGCGGGAUCCUGCCGCAAUCUCUGGACCUGAUACUCUGCAUCAACAUGAGCCACAUCAGCCCCAUGAGCUGCACAGAGGGGCUCUUCAGAGCAGCAGGACACCUGCUCAAACCCAAGGCACUGCUCAUCACCUAUGGACCCUACGCCAUCAAUGGGAAGAUUUAUCCCCAGAGUAACGUGGACUUUGACCUGACCCUCAGAUGCAGGAACCCAGAGUGGGGGCUGCGGGACACAACCCUUCUGGAGAACCUGGGCCAGGCCAAUGGUCUGCUCCUGGAGAGGAUGGUAGGUGGGGAGGGCUGUGGUCACAGGCAGCCUCCCUGGGGACCAGGACCAGCUUCUCCAGUGAGAUAUCUCCCGCAGGUGGACAUGCCAGCCAACAACAAGUGCCUAAUUUUCAGGAAAGAGUAACCCCUUCUAUGCCAUGCUUGUGUCUCUGGGACAAACCCAGACCACCACCCCUGCCACCCUGGGCCAGACUAUGGGGACUGGCCCUCUCCAGGCUGGGGAUUCUUAGCCAGUGGCCACAGGGCUGCUGAGAGCCUGGGAAUAAAGUGUUUCCUGCUGCCCCA